AUGGAAGUGCAAAAGGAAGCGCAACGCAUCAUGACCCUGUCGGUGUGGAAGAUGUACCACUCGCGUAUGCAGCGCGGUGGACUGCGGCUUCACCGUAGUCUGCAGCUGUCGCUGGUCAUGCGCAGCGCCCGGGAGCUCUAUCUCUCAGCCAAAGUGGAGGCCCACGAGCCCGAGAUGUCCUUACCGGCUGGUCACUCCCGUGACUCUUGCCUGCACCCGCCGCGGGAAGCCGAAGCCCAGGCAACACCUCCCCACGGUGAGCCUCCCACCCCGGAGCCCAUGGACACACAAGAGGCGCCGAGAGCCGAGGAGACCUUUGUCCGAUGCUGCAGCCCGCGCCCCGCCAAAGCCAAUCGAAAGCGGCGGAGCAGCACCCUGAGCAACAGCGGGGACGCGGGGCUGGUCCCGAGCAAGAAAGCCCGACUGGAAGAAGAGGAAGCGGAGGAGACGCCGUCUGAGGUCCCCGAGCGCCUUCAGCCUCUUCCGACGCAAGCGGAGGGCGCCUUCCCCAAUCUGGCUCGUGUGCUGCAGAGGCGCUUCUCCGGCCUCUUGAACUGCAAUCCUGCUACGCCCCCGACGGCGCCGCCGGCAUGCGAGGCAAAACCCGCCUGUCGCCCAGCGGACAACAUGUUGAACGUGCUUGUGCGGGCCGUAGUGGCCUUCUGA